GUUCGUGGAACUGUGGGCAUUGCAAUCUCCUCCGAAAUACUAGUCAGGAUGAAGUAUCAAAAGUUGAAGAUGGGGUUUCAAGUGUUUUUCGUUGUGAUUGCCAUUGGAGUUACGAGCUCCCAGAGGACGAUUGCGAGACAGGGCGCAGGAAAAGAUCCACCGAUUGUUAAAAUUCCUGAUCAGGGCUCGAUCUUAGGUAGAGAGAUUCCUUUGGCUAGACCUCAGAAGGUGACAGUUUACCUGGGGAUUCCCUAUGCCCAACCUCCAGUUGGAGAUCUCCGCUUCAGACCUCCUGUGACCGACCCCCCCGUGACCUGGAGUGACACCCGAAAUGCCACCCAAUUCGCCCCAUCCUGUCAGCAGACCCGAAAAUUUAUGAAGCACGAGAAAUUAUUUCGACAACUCCUGCCACAGGAUUUCGAAGAGCCAGGGGUCAGCGAGGACUGCCUGUACCUGAAUCUUUAUGUACCAGAUGGUCCACCCCCUGAGGAUGGCUGGCCGGUGAUGGUGUGGUUCCAUGGUGGUGAUUUCAACACUGGAACACCCGCAAUAUGGGACGCAACGACUCUGGUUAACAAGCAGAAGAUUCUCGUGGUGACAGUGGCUUACCGCCUAAACAUCUUCGGUUUCUUCACAACAGGUGACGCCGAGUCCCCAGGAAACUACGGGAUGCUGGACCAAGUGGCAGCCCUUACCUGGACAAAGAGGAACAUUGAGUUGUUUGAGGGUUCCUCCCGGAAUAUCGUGAUAUCGGGGCACAGUUCAGGAGCAAUAAGUGUUGGUCUGCACCUGGUGAGUCCCUUGAGCAGGGGAAAAUUCUCAAAAGCCAUAGCAAUGAGUGGAGAUGCUAUAAACUCAGUGAGAACAGCACAGCAAGAGCUGCCACUUGUGGAGGAGGUUGCACACAACCUGGCAUGCUUUGCCAAACCAACGUCGAGAUUGAUGGAGUGCCUGAGAGCAGCUGCCCCUGAGGGCCUGCUCCUGCACACCUCUCACAUCGAGACCUGGGGUCCCAUAGUGGACGCAGACACCAAUAACUCGUCUGAUCCUUUUCUCCCUCAGCAUCCCAGGGAUCUUCUUGACUCUGGUAACGUCAAUGCUGUACCCCUGAUGGCUGGGUACACGAGUAAUGAACUGGCACUCGCCUACAUCGACAUGUCAGACAACCCUGACGACGGGGGUAUAAUGUCAGCGUCAAAAUUCGAGAGUGUAAUCACUGAUGAGAUAAUAUCAUCCCUGGAAAAACCUGAUAACACAAGCAGCUGCGAGUCCAAGCCUCAGCUCGUUGCUGAUACUGUAUUAUUUUUUUAUAGACCCUAUCCCCCCACCGCUGAUCCAGCUGCCUUCCGGGACAGAUACCUCAGCCUCCAGACGGAGAAGAAUUACGCAGCUGGAUUGACUUAUCUGGCAUCGAGAAUCGCCAGAGAGGAGAGUGCAUUCGUCUAUCGUUUUGAUUAUCGAUCGAGAACACCAAGAGUCAUUCAGGAGGUGCCUCUGUGGGCUGGUGUACCUCACAUGUUUGAGCUUCCCUUCGUCUGGGGUCUUCCACAUGUUUUUCCAAACUCCAACAGUCCUAUCAACUGGUCCACCAGUGAUAAAAAUCUCGCUGACGUCGUUAUGAUGCUUAUUGGUAAUUUCGUCAGGUCUGGAAGCCCUUCUUUACUCAAUGUCAGGUGGGAACCAUUCACUGAAGAAACACCUGGUAUUCUUGUUAUCAAUAGGACUAUCAGCAUCAAUGCUAAUGAGAUUGACUACAGGGCACUCGCUUUUUGGAAUGAUUAUUAUCCGUUUAUCGUUGAAGAGGCCAUGAAUCAGUGCUGCAAUGCCACAAGUGGAGCUUAUGCUGAUGUUGGAGGGCACUGGUGGAGAACUGGAAUUUAUGCGGCUCUUGGUCUUGUUGGAUGUUUUAGGGUGGGGCUUCAUUGAUUCGUUAUCGGGGGUUAAUGUUUUUUGAGAUUGAUACUGGAGGUGGAGAUGUUAGUUGAUUCACUGAUUCUGAGGGCAUCCAAUUAUUCUUAGGAAUAUUGUACUGUGAUUAUUUAUUUCGAAAUAAUAUCAAUGAAUAAUGAACAAAUUUUAUUUCCAUCAGCUGUCAAAAAUUAUUUAAUAUCCCCACUGGGAAUUGAUAGUUAAGAAAAUGUUGGAUUGUUGACAUAAUUGAAAUAUAAAAAAUCCUAUUAUUUAUUGACUACAAUGCGAUUUUUUUUUUACUUGGAUGCCCUCAAAAAUUAUUUAACAACUGAAAAACAAGAAUUUUCAUCGGAAUUCAACACUUGACCUCUCACUGAAACCCUCCAAUUUUCUCCAUUGAUUAGUUGUUAAUAAUUAUGAUAAUUUGAUAAACACAACGACUAUUUUCAACAUUUACU